AUGGCCAGCAAGGAAGGUGGGCAGGCAUUCGCCCCGGUCCUGGCGGCCGUCGCAACAAUGCAAGGGAAUGUACCUAGGUCCGAGAAGACCCAGGCCCAUGAAUUUCUUGAGAAUUUCCAGAAAUCUGUCGAGGCUUGGACUACCACCCAUGCGCUAUUACAGUCGCCCGAUGUGCCCGUCGAGGCCAAAUUAUUCGCCGCAACUACAUUGAAGGGAAAGAUCGUGUUCGACCUGGACCAACUUCCUCCCGACUCCGUACUCGCACUUCGAGACUCCGUGCUCAAUUUACUCGUGGCUUUCGCCUCGGGUCCGCGCCCCAUUCAGACUCAGCUAUGUGUGUGCUUGGCAAGUUUGGCGAUUCAGAUGAUCGCAUGGAAGGACGUGUUGGCCACUGUCGCCUCGGCAUUGGGCAGUAAUGCGGGGGACUGCGUGCUGGAGUUUUUGAAGAUCUUGCCGGAAGAAGUCACUGAGGGUCGCAAGAUUAACCUCAGCGAGGACGAGCUACUUGAUCGUACAAAAGAGCUGCUGGAGGACAAUGCGGAGCAAGUCAUGCAGCUGAUGAUUCAGUAUGCCCAGUCUUCCCCUUCCGCUGCUACCAACCCGCGUCUUCUCGAUUGCAUCACUUCGUGGCUUCGUGAAAUCCCCGCCGCCAAAGUCGUCGAGUCGCCUUUGAUGGACAUUAUCAUCAAAGCGUUGGACAAUGACGUCUCAUUUGAUGCCGGCGUUGACUGCCUCUGCACCCUCUAUCGUGACACCAGGGAUGUCGAUGAGUCGCUUCCAAUCAUCCAAGCUUUAUACCCCCGAUUGAUGGCUCUCCGACCCAAGAUUGCGGAAACCGCCGAAGCUGAAGACCUGGAGGCGUUCAAGGGCAUUACGAGAAUGUUCUCAGAGGCCGGUGAAGCCUGGGCUGUCCUGAUCGCUCGCCUGCCUGCCGAAUUCCGGGGUCUGGUGGAGGCUGUUCUCGAGUGCUCUGCGCGCGACUGGGAACGUGAGGCGGUCUCGCUCACUUUUAUAUUUUGGUACGAGCUCAAGCAGCAAAUUACCAUCGAGAAGUUCGUAGAUGCCCGUAUGAACUUCCAGAAUAUCUUCUCGCAGCUGGUAGACAUCAUGGUCAAGCACCUCGAAUUCCCCACCCCCGAAGAAGGGGAGACCGACUUGUUCGGCGGUGAUCGUGAGCAGGAAGAGAAAUUCCGCCAGUUCCGCCAUUCUAUGGGAGACGUUCUCAAGGACUGCUGUGCUGUGGUCAGUACGCAAGAAUGUCUGGCCAAGAUCUAUCAGUUGAUCCAGCAAUGGGUGGCAAAAUACGCGUCGCAGGCUAGCAAUGAACAUGUCCCUCAUUGGCAGGAAUUGGAAGCUCCUCUCUUCGGUCUUCGUGCUAUGGGUCGCAUGGUUGACCCCGAGGAGAAUACCAUUUUGAACCAGUUAGUUCCACUAAUUGUCCAGAUCCCUGAUCAGGAGAAGGUGCGGUUCCAGGCCAUCAUGGCCCUGGCUCGAUACACCGAGUGGACGGCCCAACACCCCGAAACCCUCGAGGCUCAGUUGAACUAUGUCAUCUCGGCCUUCCAUCACUCCUCCCAAGAGGUGGUGCAGGCGGCUGCGCUUGCAUUCAAGUUCUUGGGCACCGACUGCCAGAAGCUGCUAGGUGGCCACAUCAGUCAGCUGCACGCCUUCUUUGAGUCUGUGCUGGACAAGCUCAAGCCCACUAGCCAGGAGGAGGUGACCGAGGGUGUGGCCGCUGUGGUCUCUGUGCAGCCGCUCGAAAAGAUUUACGACUCUUUCAAGAUGUUCUGUGAUCCGAUCAUGGCACGAAUUAUGAACCUUGCCAACAACGCUCAAGAUGAAGAAGGCCAGCGGGCCGUCGCUGAUCACCUGCAGUUGAUCACUAUAUUUGUGCAGAUUGUCACCCCUAUUGUUCCUUUCGGCGAGGAGAACCCGGCCGUGAAAUACGUCGGCGAGAUCCUGCCCAUCAUGACCACGAUUGUUAUGAACUUUACGUCUUCCACGCCUAUUCUGGAGCGUGUGUGCCGCUGCUGGCGCUACAUGAUCAUCUCGUACCGGACUGCCAUGAUUCCCCUGCUCCCCACGCUGGCCCAGAGCAUUGCCAGUGGAUUCGAGGCUUCCCGCGAGGGUUGCUUCCUCUGGGCCACUGACGCGGUGGUUCGUGAGUUCUCUGACGGUGCCGACUACGUUGACCAAGCUACCAGUGAUGCAGUGUUCCAGUUCUACGAACAGCAAGCUCUUGCAUUCCUCCGUAUUCUGAAUGACCUGCCUCCGGAGAACCUGCCCGAUGGUGAGAAUAUCCCCCUUCCCCGUAUGUAUCUUGUCUCUAACUCCGUCAAAGUCAUUGAGGAUUUCUUCCGCUUGUCAUCUGACGCUGUCCGCUACUACCCCAAGAAGUGCAUCAGCUCGUCCCUGGCCGUUCCCAUUUUCUCUGCUGCUCUUAGCGCUCUUACCCUCCAGCAGGUCGAUCCUCUCAUCGCCACGCUUCAUUACUACCGGGACCUGUUCGGCUUUGCAUUUGACAAGCCCCUGGUUUCCGAGUUCACCACCCCCGAGGGCGAGCCGUACACUAACCCGCCUGAGGUGCGGGAGGCCGUCAAGGCUCUCAUUGCGUCGCAGGGCCAGCCCCUGGCUCAGCGCGUGUUGACCGGCAUGAUGUUCACAUUCCCUGGCGACUGUUUCCCUGAUGCUUCGGGUGUUGUGAUGACCAUGUUCGAACUCCUUCCCCAUGAGACUGGAGCCUGGCUGCAGACAACCUUGCAGAUGCUCCCAGUCGGGACCAUGAAGCCGGGCGAGGCCGAGCGACUGCUCAAGAACAUUUCCGACAAGGUGCAAUCUGGCGAGACUCGCAAGAUCCGGGUUCUUCUCCAAGAUUUCACCAACUCGUAUCGCCGUCGCAACGUCGCCCCUCGGGACGGACUAGGCCGCCUGGAGGCAACCCGGUUCCGCUUCAGCGGAUGA